CUCAAACGAAAGAUGUCCGACAUCCAGCCAUCCACCGUUCGUGUCGCUGCCGUCCAGGCAGAAGGCUGCUACUUCGACCUUGAAGGCGCAGUCGAAAAGACCUGUCGUCUCAUCACCGAAGCCGCCGAAAAGGGAUGCGACAUGAUUGCUUUCCCAGAGGUCUGGAUACCCAUGUAUCCAGGCUGGAUCUGGCAACGCCCAAUCGACUUCGAAAUGGUCAGCGAAUACAUGAAACACAGUCUGAAGCGCGACUCGCCUGAAAUGCGGACAAUCCAGAACUGCGCCCUAACCAACAACAUCGCCGUCAGUCUGGGAUACUCGGAGAACCACAAUAACUCGCUCUACCUCUCGCAGUCCUUCAUUGGAAAAGACGGCGUGAUCAAAAUGCACAGACGAAAGAUCAAGCCCACGCACGCGGAACGCACUAUCUAUGGCGACGGAAGCGGCUCAUCCCUGCUGAAUGUCGUUGACGAGCCGGGGCUCGGCAAAGUUGGCGCCUUGUCGUGCUGGGAACAUUCUCAGCCGCUGCUGCGCUAUCAUACUUAUUCGCAGGGUGAGCAGAUCCACGUCGCUGCGUGGCCACCGAUGAAUUAUUACUCGUCAUUCCCGGAGGGGACGGCGUUGUGGUCGCAGUGUAGGGAGGGUGCCCAUAACCUAUCCACCACUCACGCCAUUGAAGGAAACUGCUUCGUUGUGCUCGCUUCCUCAUUCUACACCCAGAAAGGCGUGGAUAGAAUGAAGCUUGGGGAUGGGAAGCUCUACCACAUUGGCGGUGGUGGCUGUGCUUGCAUUAUCGGGCCCGACGGACGCAAGAUGACCCAGGAUCUGGGCGAAGAGGAGGAAGGUCUGGUGAUCGCCGACUUGGACUUCAGCGAGAUCUUGAAGGUGAAGGCCAUGUUGGAUGUUCAUGGACACUACAGCAGACCCGAUCUGCUCUGGUUGGGUGUUGAUUAUCGUGAGAAAAAGCAGGUUCGCCCGGAGGUCAACUGAGGCUGACUUGGG